AAGUCAAUCAAUCAACAGUUCAGAUUCAAAAUCAAUGGAUACAGAAAUGAAGGAUUUUGACGAUCUUGUCAAUGAUGACAAGUACGAAAUGGGAACUGGACAGGAACUAGCUAGGGCUGAGCUGCAAGCUACAGAGGAUAUGUUUGAAAGGAGGAGAGUCCUCAGAACCCUCGCUGUACCCACAGACGACAACAAAGUUAGAGAGAGACUCAGAGCAUUCGGUUUACCAAUGACCCUAUUCGGUGAAAGGCCAGAAGAUAGGAGGAGUCGUUUGAAAUCUAUGAUCGCUGAUAUGCAGGAAGAAGCUGGAGAGAAAGCCAAAAUAGAAAGCGAGGACGAAUCUGAAGAAGAAGAGGAAUUCUAUACUGUUGGUUCACAAGAAUUGCUGCAAACACGAAGGUUGCUAGCAGAAUACUCCAUCCCACGAGCAAAAAGGAGAAUAGAGAAAGAGCGUGACGAUUGGGCAAAACCUCUAAAGUCAAUUGUAGACGCGAGGAAACGUACAUUUGAAUACAUCAAGUCUUUCAAUGUACUCGGAUCACAAGUUGGAGAUAGUCGUCCUAUCUCACAAGUCAAAUUCUCCCCUGAUAGUCAAUUGUUAGCCACAGGAAGCUGGACCGGCAAUAUAAAGUUAUGGGAUAUACCAAAUUGCAACCACCAGAUGACAUUAAGAGGGCACGAUGGUUUGGUUGGUGGUGUUGAUUGGCAUCCUCAGGCUACCCUUAAUCAGAGUAAAUCCACUGUGAAUUUGGCUUCUGGUUCACAAGAUAGCACAGUUGCAUUAUGGUCAUUAGAAAAGGAUACACCAUUAGCAACUUUAAAAGGUCACACUCAUCAAGUAAGACGAGUCGCCUUCCAUCCAUCGGGAAGAUACCUAGGUAGUGCAUCCUUUGAUGAAACAUGGAGGCUCUGGGACGUUGAAACACAAGCUGAGUUGCAGUUGCAAGAAGGACAUUCGAAAGAAGUAUACGCUUUGGCGUUCCAGGAUGAUGGUGCAUUGGUCGGCUCUGCCGGUAUGGAUGCUAUUGGACGUGUUUGGGAUCUCAGAACGGGUAGAACUGCGAUGGUUUUGGAUGGACAUGCCGACAAGAUUUUAGCAUUGGACUUUUCGCCUAAUGGCUAUCAAUGUGCGACAGGUUCUGGUGAUGGUAAAAUAAUGAUAUGGGAUUUGAGAGCUUUAAAAUCGAUAUCAACCAUGCCUGCGCAUAACAUAUCAGUUGGUGAUCUCAAGUUUUAUAGACAACCAGAGAGAGUUCUAAACUCUCGCAAUGAUAAACAGGAUGUAAAGAUGGAUGAAAGUGGAGAUAAUGAAGAUAUGUCGCCUCUUGUUAAAGAACCUUAUUCUCAUGGUCUCUUCUUAGCAAGUGCUGGUUUCGAUGGCUACACAAAGCUAUGGAGCGCAGAUGACUGGAUCUGUCAAAGAUCUAUUGCCGAGAACUCAAAAAUUAUGUCAGUUGAUGUCUCACGUAAUGGUAAACACCUCGCGACUGGUGAAUGGUCGCGAUCGUUCAAGCUAUUCGGAACUGAAUUGUAGUAAACAUAAAAAUGUAACUUAUUAUCUGAUUAUAUAUUAAAAAUUACUAACUGCAUCCAAAAUUUAUUACUGCUUCUUUGCUUCGCGUUCUUUCUUACGAAGGGCUCUUUGACGAAUAUCUUUCUGCAUUUUAUGGGUGUACCAAAGUACCAAUCUCUUAAAACCACUUAAACUGAGUAUAGCAUCAACAAUAGCGUGUGACCAGUAAGGAGUAGAUGUAUAUGGUCUUGAAAUUGAGCCACCGUUUAAGCCAAUUCUAGUGAGAACUGAUCUAACAUAAGUUGCAGGCAAUGGUAUGAGUUUCGAUGGUCUACGGAUCUUUGACAUUGAGGAUACGACGAAGUAUGUGUUUACUAAUUCGACGGUGACACCCUUUGACUUGACUUCCUCACCGAGUGCUUGUGUCCAACUAAGCAAGAAAGAUUUUGAGCCAGUGUAAGUUGCAAGCAAAGGAGUUGGUACAGUUCCAGCGAAUGAACCGAUGUUUAAAAUGAGACCAUUUUUGCUGCAUGUAAAGUGAGAGAGGUAAAAGGGAAAGUAAAAACUAACCGCUCGAUGAGUUUUGGUAAGACGGCUUGAGUAACGCGCAAGGUUGCGUUGAUGUUGAUUUCGACGAUGGCUUUCAACUCAUCGAGUGGAGUUUGCUCGAAUGGGACUGGCAUUUCGUGAGAUUUACCAACGUUGUUCACGAGAACACCAAUGUUAAGACCGUCAAUGGAGUUGCUAAGGGCGUCGUAUGAGCUAUCGUCACCAGCGGAGAAGUCAAUUGAUUGAGUUUUUGUCUUGAUAUUGUAUUUUGACUCUAAAUCGGCUGCAACAGCGCCUAGCUUCUCUGCAGAUCUGGAUGCAAGAACAAUAUUGAAACCGGCUUUAGCGAGUUGGAAAGCGAAUUCCCUACCAAUACCGUCUGUUGCACCAGUUACGACU